AUGGUCGCCCAAUGGCUGGUCGAUGUCAGUGGAGUCGACAAGGCGCUUCUCGCGCCUGCUAUCCGUCCCUCGACCAACAUCCAGCAAGCUCGGUUCGCCGCCAUUGUGGGUGUAUGUGGCCGCUCAAUUGAGAAGAUGGCAGACGUCAGGGGGUAA